ACCCAGUGUGCCUGCCGGGCUGUGCCCAGGUUCAGAGCCAUGCCAAUCGGUGGGUGAAGCUUGAGGCAGUGAUGGAGCCACUGCAGCCUCAGCAGAAGCAGCAGCAGCAGCCGCCGCCGCCACAGCAGCAGCCACCGCCACAGCAGCAGCAGCCGCCGCCGCCACAGCCACCACACCUGCCUCCUCUGCAGAUGGAUGCCAGAGAGAAGCAGGUUCAGCAGAUGAGAGAAACCCCGUUCUUGUAUGCCCAGAAGCUGGUCACACAGCAGACUCACCUUUCUGCCACACCUGGGAGGCCUUCUUGCAGCCCUGCCCUGGGUCCAUUAGCCAGAGUUCCACCAGCCCCAGCAGUGGCCCGAGUGUUUGAACGGAGCAAGGUGAACUCAGAGCCUGAGGAAGAGGAAGGAGGUUUGGAAGAUGAGGAUGGGGAUGAUGAAGUUGCAGAGGUGGCUGAGAAAGAGACCCAGGCUGCUUCAAAAUAUUUUCAUGUGCAGAAGGUGGCUCGCCAAGACCCCAGAGCAGCACCCGUAUCUGGUCUGCUUCCAGCGUCAGGGCUCCCACCACAUGGACAGCAAGCUAAAGAAGACCAUACCAAAGAUGCUCCUAAGGCCUCAGCUUCAGUCUCCACAGCAGGGCAGCCGGGCUGGAAUCUGGAUGAGCAGCUCAAGCAGAAUGGUGGUUUGGCCUGGAGUGAUGAUGCAGAUGGAGGCCGGGGAAGAGAGAUCUCCCGUGAUUUUGCCAAGCUGUAUGAACUGGACAGUGAUCCAGAAAGGAAAGAGUUCCUGGAUGACCUCUUCGUCUUUAUGCAGAAAAGAGGGACCCCCAUCAACCGAAUCCCCAUCAUGGCCAAGCAGAUCCUGGACCUGUAUAUGCUGUAUAAGCUGGUGACGGAGAAGGGGGGCCUGGUGGAGAUCAUCAACAAGAAGAUCUGGAGAGAGAUCACCAAAGGCCUGAACCUGCCCACAUCCAUCACCAGCGCCGCCUUCACCCUGAGAACCCAGUAUAUGAAGUAUCUCUAUGCCUACGAGUGUGAGAAGAAAGCCUUGAGCUCCCCGGCCGAGCUCCAGGCAGCCAUUGACGGCAACCGGAGGGAGGGCCGCCGGCCCAGCUACAGCUCCUCCCUCUUUGGCUACUCGCCCGCUGCUGCCUCUGCUGCUGCUGCUGGGGCCCCUGCCCUCCUCUCCCCGCCCAAGAUCCGCUUCCCCAUCCUCGGGCUGGGCUCCGGCAGUGGCACCAAUGCCAGUGGCCCUCGGAUAUCCCCAGCAACCACUCUCAGGAAAGGUGAUGGAGUCCCAGUGACAACCGUGCCCGUGCCAAAUCGCCUGGCUGUGCCUGUGACCUUGGCCAGCCAGCAGGCCAGUACCCGGACGGCCACGUUGGAGCAGCUGCGGGAGCGGCUGGAGUCGGGGGAGCCCCCUGAGAAGAAGAUGUCCAGGCUGUCAGAGGAGGAGCAGCGCCUGGUGCAGCAGGCCUUCCAGCGCAACUUCUUCAGCAUGGCACGGCAGCUGCCCAUGAAGAUCAGGAUCAACGGCAGGGAGGACAGAGCAGAGGCCUCGGCUGCAGCAGUGAACCUGACCACGAGCAGCAUUGGGAGCAUCAACAUGUCUGUGGACAUCGAUGGCACCACUUAUGCAGGUGUGCUGUUUGCCCAGAAACCUGUGGUCCACCUCAUCGCAGGAUCCGCUCCCCAGAGCAUCGGCAGCAGCGCCAGCAGCAGCAGCAGUUCUCACUGCUCGCCAAGUCCUACCUCGUCCCGGGGCACCCCCAGUGCAGAGCCCUCCACCAGCUGGUCCCUCUGAGGGGCAGGACCCAGCUCCCAACUCCUUCCACCCUCCCAUCGAGAGUGGAGGAAGCUGAUGCACAGAAUUUACCUCAUCUCAUGGAGCCCACAUCAAACACCAUUUGGCCAGAUGUUGAGAGUUUGGACCUGUCCGUCUGUCCAGGCUCCAUCAGGUCCUGCUGUACUCUAGAGGCAAGGAGAGGCUGGAGGGGCCUGACAGGGCAGCGUUGUCCAAUCAGGGAUUGUCCUGGAGAACUGGGUGGGGUCUGUGGGCGUCCAGCUUCCUCCAGGGCUCCCAGGCCACCUCCUAUCCCGGGCACAGUGUAUUGACAAUCUGUAAGCUGACACAGGGCUGGAGGCCCUCCACAACCCUUCCCCUUUAAUUUAUUUCCCUUCCCCUGCCUUCUGCCAUGACCUCAGGGUCACUGGUCUCUUCCCCUGCUCAGUCCCCCAAUCUUUAACUCCAGUGUGGGGCUGCUAGGAGCCAAGAGCAUGUCUUUGUGGCCCUUCUCUGCUGAGCAUGGCAUGGGGUCCUUCCAGCCCACCUUGCCUCCCAUGUUUGGUUCCUGGGGUGUAGGUCUCUCAAAUUCAAGUCUUGAAGCAGUCCUCAGGGCCCCAUAUCCCCCUUUUAAUGGUCCCAAGACAGGGAUCAUGAGGGCAGUCCUCAGGACCCAGGGCCUGCUGGGCAUCUGCUGAGGGAGAGGCAGAGCCUCAGGGGCUGCCCAGGCAGGCCCUGGCACCCACUCCACUGACCCUUUUCUGACCCUCCCAGACCUCAUGCCCCCACUCAUCCCUGUUGGCCAGCUCUCCCAGGAAACAGCCCACUUGUCCCUUGGGCCCCUCUUCUUCUUAUGGGGCCCAAACCUGCCAAUGUCAGGUUCAUUGAAAUACCUCAGAUUUGUAACUGUUGAUGUUUGAUUCUUCAGGAAGUAUUUGCAUCUCUGAAAUCUUUUUUAUAUGUGUUUGCUGACUUCUGUGUUUUUUUUUACUUUAAAAUUUUUAUUGUUGUUAUUGUAGCACCAAAGAAAUGAAAGCAGAUCACCCCCAAAGCCGAGCAAAUGAUUUGGUACCCCAGCCCCUCUGGCCCUUCCCUAAGACCCCAGUGAGGGUGCGAGCGAGGCAGCAGGAGAGAUGACUCAGGGAUCACAGUGGCAGGAGGAGGUGGAACGGAGAGGCCCGCUCUCACGCAGGUUGGAUCGUGAAACCACACCGGCUCUCAAGAUGGCCCUUGACCCAUUUCCUACCAGAGCAGGGCAGUCCCAAACCCCAGUGCCCAGCUCUCCAGGGUGGGGGCAGGGCAUCUUCCCUUCACUCAACAUUCCCACCUCAGGGCAGGAGCGGGCUGUGGAGGCCAUGGGCCUUGGAGAAGUCGAGCUGCCCCAGAGGGUGAGGAGAUGCUGAAAGAGCUCUGUCUCUCCUCUUGGACCCUGGGGUGGAGUGGGCUGUUCCUGUGUCAUAAAGAAGAGGUGAUUCUCACACAAGGCUCACCUCUCAAUCAAGUAAGCCCUGCAGUGUUCAGUGGAACCCCACCCGCUGUGACAUUGUCGCGCUGUGGCAGUGGGAGACCAUGGUGGCACAAGCCCACGCACGACUAACGCUCAGUCCAUCUAGGAAAGGGAAGGGAAAUCGUACGCUUGAGCACAAAACACAUACCUCAGCCCAGUGAGCUGCAGCUGCACUGACUGCAUCUUCUCUCCCUUCCCUAGCCCUCCACACUGUCUCACACUCACACAUACACACACAGCCCCAUCCGUUGGGGGCUCACCCUCUCCUGGCCUUACCAGGCCGGCGCAGGGCCUGGCAGAGAAGGGUGUCUGAGGUCUGUGUCAGGGAGGAGCCCGGUUGGCUGGCACUGGGCCCACUUGAAGGCGUCGCAGACAUUUGGCCAGUGUGUCUUUCUCAGGGCUUUGGUCACAGAGGAUGGACUCUUCCCACCUGGAGGACACGGGGGUGGUGCACUGUGUCUUCCUGGUUGUUGGAUCCUCUCCCUUUCCUCAGGCAGCUUGCCCAGCUUGCCCUCUCAGCAAGCCCUCGCUGCCCUCAAGGGCAACAGCAGGGUCUCAGCCUGAAGCCCGAGGGUGGGAGCGCCGGCAGGUGCCCCCAGAAUGGGGCCCUGGGCCAAGAGGAGCUCUCCUGACGGUGCAGCCCUGAGGUCACAUGGCAGCCAUUGGCCAGGGCUGCUCUGUCCCCUCCCCCUCCCCAUCUUACUUGUAUUUAACCAGGAAAAAAUGUGAUAGCACAUGGGUAGCCUAGGCAGUGGAUAAAUACCUCAGAAGUCCUCUUGCAGCAAGUGUCUGUAUAUGUUGUGGUCAUUUUCUAUCUUACAUGUUCUCGAAUGUUUAUAUUUCAAUAAACCUCUACCUCUUCACACAAGCAGGUCUCGUGGGCGCUUUCAGUGACUCUUUCAUUUGACAGUACUAGGGAAGAAGCGAGGACCUUCAGAAUAAAAGGGGCUAAGUGAACUACUCCUCUGAUCCCUUGAUUUUUCCUAACCCUUCUUCACUGCUCACCCAUCAUUUUCCCAAAGCACUUAACUCUCAGCCUGUCUUCUGUAUUAGCCGGGCACCACUGAUAUUGCAUGAUCACCAAAACUGACUCCCCUGGCGUCGCGUCAGGGUCCCAGCAGGCACAGGGCCAGGGGUCUCCUCCAUGAGCAAGCCCUCUUUGAGCUCCUGCUGAAUAAGUACAGUCCCCACACUCACAGAGCUCACACUCUUGUCUGGGAGGCACACACGACUCUAGACAAAAACCAAGUCUUUAGAAUACAGCAUGACUGGGACCAGUGGGGUAGAUAAAUGCUGGAGCAGCUCACUAGGGAAUCUCUGGAAGGCUUCCCAGCAGUGGACAUUUCAGCUAGAAGAAUGAGGUGGCCAACUGGAGAUGUGAGGAAGAGCAGAGGAAGUGAUACAUGUGGAAGCUUGGUGGCAUCAAAGGACCUGGCAUUGGGGAACUGUGGGCAGUGCCUAGGGUUGGGGGGUGUUGGAAAAAAAGUGUGGCUGGGGCCAGGAUGGAGCCCAGGCUAAGGAAUUUGGGCACCAUCCUCUGAGCAUCGGGACCCUGCUGACAUGUUUUAAGGAGGACAUAGGCUUAGAAAGAGGCUUUUCUAGAAGGGUGAUCUGGAGCUGGGAGACAUUCUAGGCAUGGACACCCUGGGACACUGCCACUGAAACAGGCCUAUACCCAGACUGCUCAGCCUUUUUCUCUGCCACGAUGCGCAUCGUAUGGGCACAACCUGGUUUUGGCAAAAGCAAAAGAAAUGGGCAGAGAGGUAAAGCACUGGGUGGGUUUGUGAUUGCCCUCCUCCAUCCAUAACAACAUACACCUCGCCUGUCUGCAACCUCUAAGGCACAGGGGGGGUUCUCUCUGCCAUUUUGAAGUGCUAGAAAGUGAGGGUGACACUGGGACAGUCUUGAACCUCUCACUGACUUUUAAAAAUCUUUUGAAAGAAAUAACCAACCCUUUAGUACUUUAAUUACUAACCAAUAGUUGGGAUCACACGUCACAACCUCCUGUGACACACCAGGGGGCUGCCACGUGGAGAUUCAGUGGGCCUGGUAUAGGAGGAGGCCCAGAGAUGAGGAGAAGCAGGGUCCAGAGACAUUUGAGAUAGAAGUAUGGAGUGGAUGUGAGGGGACGCUGAGGGAGAAGUGGCAGCUGAAUAAGCCUCCUGAUAGAGAUGGAGAAUCUGAGAAGAACAAGGCACUGAGCCACUGCAAUUCCACCCCACUCCAAAUUAACAGAAAAAAAUAGGAGAAUAUCUAAGACCUCGAGAAAAGGAAGAAUUCCUCAAACUAGACCCUCCGAAAAAAGUUCAUCAAAAGAUACCAUAAGAUAAAAAGACAAACUGGGAGGAGAUACUUGUAACAUACAACUAGUCAGA